CGAGGGCGCGGACAGUGUGUGGGAGGGAUCGCCAUUUUGUCGCGAGGCCCGAGAGGAGGGGCUUAGAGAAGGUGGGACGAGGCCGGGACGAGCAGGCGGCACUAGGGAGCGCACGGAUCUGGGUGUGGGCCGCCGGCUUUGUUUCUCUUCUCCUUGUGGACUCGCGGCUGUGGAUUAAGCGCUGCUGGGAGACCCCCGGCCGCACCCUCUCCCGUCCCUCCUGGGACUCUCCCCCGUGUAUGAGGAGCCGGCCGAGCCCAGGCCCCACGGAGUGAGACGGACGCAGAGCCCAUGGCGAAAAAGACGUACGACCUGCUCUUCAAGCUGCUGCUGAUCGGCGACUCCGGGGUCGGCAAGACCUGCGUGCUCUUCCGCUUCUCGGACGAUGCCUUCAACACCACCUUCAUCUCCACCAUCGGAAUAGACUUCAAGAUCAAAACAGUGGAAUUACAAGGAAAAAAGAUCAAGUUACAGAUAUGGGACACCGCAGGCCAGGAACGGUUCCACACCAUCACAACCUCUUACUACAGGGGAGCCAUGGGAAUUAUGCUUGUGUAUGACAUCACCAAUGCCAAAAGCUUUGAGAACAUCAGCAAGUGGCUCAGAAACAUAGAUGAGCAUGCCAACGAGGAUGUGGAGCGGAUGCUUUUAGGAAACAAGUGCGACAUGGAAGAUAAGAGAGUGGUGGCCAAAGCAAAAGGAGAGCAGAUUGCUCGGGAACACGGAAUUAGGUUUUUUGAGACUAGCGCAAAAGCAAAUGUAAACAUUGAGAAGGCAUUCCUCACGUUAGCAGAAGACAUACUUCGAAAGACUCCAGUUAAAGAGCCCAACAGUGAAAAUGUAGAUAUCAGCAGCGGGGGCGGAGUCACAGGCUGGAAGAGCAAAUGUUGUUGAGCGUCUCUGGUUGCAACUGUCACAUCCACUGCCCUUACACCUUCCCCUCCCCCGGCAACAUAAACCACUCCCCCCACCUCCUCCCCGUCCAUUUUACCCUUAAUAUAAAUGUUUCCUGACCUCUUCUCUCAUAUUAACAAGAGUAUCUCCCAUUGCCUCAUGUAAAGGAUUCUUGCUGGGAUCUUUUUCCCUAGACAAAAUGUAUAGAACACACACACACAAAUACACAAAGAGUAAAUAAAUCAUGUUUGUGACACCUCGCGUUACCAUGACCCAGUCACUACAUUUCGGUUCCAUCAUCGUAAUCAAGUUCUGUCAUUACUAAAAUGGGAAGAAAGUCAAGCGGAGCCUUCAGCCAUUCUUACACUUCUGUUCUGGGAAAGAAAAAGCCCUGUACGACAAUAAACGUUAGAUUGAAUCCUUUCUUUUGUAUCCAUAACAGGAA